AUGGUUAGAAUAAGAGGUGGACCUCGUGCCUUAGGUAGUGGUACAGGCAGAGGCAUGGGUCGGGAUGAGGAUGAUAUUGAUGUUCCCCGACAUCGUAGGCCUAUCGCUUCUACCCAUAGGCAACGGGUUCAGGUUGAUGUUGCUGAGGAAGUUCCUCAGGUGACUGAGGAUGUUCCUCCUCAAGUGACUGAGGAUAUUCCUGAUGUGACAGAGGAUGUUCCUCAUGUGGAUGAGGACAUUCUGACUGCGGACGUAGAUGCUACGGAUGUGGCUGUUGAUGGUGCCGAGGGAUCACUUGCUGAGCAUGGCAAGGGAUUCCCUGGUGGGCCACAUGACACAUCAUUGCUGACAUCAUUUGCUUACCAUGUGGCAUAUAGUAUCUGGUGUGGCAAGCUGGUCUCCCAUGGUAGGAAAGUUGAUAAAUUUGGGAGUCCAGCCCCUGAGAUUGAAGGCCUUGUUGCCGGCACCAGAUUAAGUCCAUGGAUCGGAUGUUCUGUGGUCACCGACGAUCCUGGAUUGAUAUCCGCAUUUGCGGAGAGGUGGCAUAGGGAGACCAGCACCUUCCACCUUCCAGUGGGGGAGUUGACGAUCACACUGGACGAUGUGGCGUGUCUCCUCUAUCUUCCUAUCACAGGGGCAUUACACAGGUUUGAGCCUCUGUGCGUGGACGAGGUAGUCUUAUUGUUGACGGAGCUUCUAGAGGUAUCCGGCGAGGAGGCUCAAGCGGAGACCGUACGUACUCAUGGGGCUUACGUGCGACUAUCAUGGCUCCGCGAGGUGUAUGAGAGUAGAUGCCAGGCCCGGCAUUGGAUUGCAGCGGCGCGUGCUUACCUCCUCCACCUGGUGGGUUGUACUCUUUUUGCUAAUAAGAGUGCAACCCAUGUUCAUGUGGUGCAUCUGGAAGCGUUUCGAGACCUAGGUCAGUCUGGGGCUAUGCCUGGGGAGUUGUCAUGCUGUGUUCAUCAGUGCAUCACUGAUUAUGCGUAUGCUGAGACUACUCCAUGUGCCUCGAGGUGGCUUACAACGAAGGCGCACAUGAAGGGGAUCAAGGGAGCGCCAUACAGGGCACGUUUAGAUGCUCUGACGAUCACGAACGUUUCCUGGUUUCCCUAUAGUGAGAAUCGAGCAGUUAGGGGCUUCGAGCUUAUUUCAUGCUACCAAGGGCAGCUCAGAUGGGGUCAUGUUGUGGUCUAUGUCCGACCAGAGAGGGUGGUACGGCAGUUCGGGUACAUCCAGACCAUCCCUCCGCUGCUGGUUACUGCUUCUUUGUCAUAG